AGUCACAUUUUCCAAGCUGUCUAUCAGGAAGAUGCAGAACCCUCCUCAGUGAGGGACUGUGAAGACUUUGAAAUCCCUGCUAGUUUGUGUGUCUAGCUGAGGCAAAAGGCCACACAAUGAAGAUCCACUACACACACCUCCUCUUCUUUUGCUCAGUGUUAUAGGCAAGGACAAGGAUGUGGAGCCAAGAAAAAAGAUGCAAGAAAUGCCUGCCAAAGAGUCUUCAGUUUGCCUAACUACCCAAAAUGCAGGCUGGGCUGAUCCUGUGCUCUGAACAUGAAACUCGGCUAGUUGAAGAUUUAUUCAAGAACUAUAACAGAGUAGUGCGCCCGGUGGAAGAUCAUCGUGAGGCUGUUGUAGUCACAGUCGGGCUGCAGCUUAUUCAGCUUAUUAAUGUGGAUGAAGUAAAUCAGAUUGUAACAACCAAUGUACGCCUGAAACAGCAAUGGACAGAUGUCAACCUAAAAUGGAAUCCAGAAGAAUAUGGUGGGUUGAAAAAAAUUCGUAUCUCAUCUGAGAUAAUCUGGCGCCCUGAUCUUGUUCUUUAUAACAAUGCAGAUGGUGAAUUUGCUAUUGAUCAAUUCACCAAAGUUCUUUUAGAACAUACAGGCAAGAUCACGUGGACGCCACCAGCAAUUUUUAAAAGUUACUGUGAAAUUAUAGUCACACACUUUCCAUUUGACCAGCAGAACUGCAGUAUGAAGUUGGGCACUUGGACGUAUGAUGGUACAGUGGUUGUUAUAAAUCCGGAGAGUGAUCGCCCAGAUAUGAGCAACUUUAUGGAGAGCGGCGAGUGGGUGAUGAAAGAUUACCGGAGCUGGAAGCACUUUGUUUACUAUGCCUGUUGCCCUGACACCCCAUAUCUGGAUAUUACCUACCACUUCCUCAUGCAGCGCUUGCCUCUCUACUUCAUUGUCAAUGUCAUCAUUCCCUGUCUGCUCUUCUCAUUUUUAACUGGGUUAGUGUUUUAUCUGCCCACCGAUUCAGGUGAGAAGAUGACUUUGAGCAUUUCUGUUUUGCUGUCUUUGACUGUGUUCCUUCUGGUCAUUGUGGAGCUGAUUCCUUCUACUUCAAGUGCAGUGCCCUUGAUAGGCAAAUACAUGUUAUUUACCAUGGUGUUUGUCAUAGCGUCAAUCAUCAUUACCGUCAUUGUAAUCAACACCCACCAUCGCUCCCCAAGUACCCAUAUUAUGCCACAGUGGGUGAGGAAGAUCUUUAUUGACACAGUCCCAAAUGUUAUGUUUUUUUCAACAAUGAAACGACCAUCCAGGGAUAAACAAGAAAAAAGGAUUUUUACAGAAGACAUUGAUAUUUCGGAAAUCUCUGGAAAACCAUGUCCUGCUGCCAUCAACUUCCACUCCCCACUUACCAAAAACCCAGAUGUGAAAAGUGCUAUAGAGGGAAUCAAAUACAUUGCUGAAACGAUGAAAUCAGACCAAGAAUCCAGUAAUGCUGCAGAAGAAUGGAAGUUUGUUGCAAUGGUAAUUGAUCACCUUCUCCUUGGUAUCUUCAUGUUUGUUUGCAUUACUGGAACAUUGGCCGUGUUUGCUGGUCGUCUUAUUGAAUUAAAUCAAGAAGGAUGAACAUUAAAUCUAAAACGUGUACUACCCCUGGCCAGGGGUAGCACAUCUUUAUUUACUUCUUGGCUUUUAUUGAAUACAAUUCAUUGUUCUACCUGUUGUGUUCUUCCCCGCUGUCUGAAGGUUGCACAGCUGAGAAUCACUUCCCAUGGGGAACAAAUAAAGGAAAAAUUAAAAUGA